UGUUGGACCGUGAUUUUAUCUUGAUGACUCGUUAUCUGCCUCUCCAUCUGCAGGAACUCUUCAAGCCGCGACCGCCGCUAGAGUACUUGCCGCCACCUGAGCGGCACAAGUCUAGAGGCUAUACCGGCAUCGCUGCGUUUGUGGACCGUUUCGAUACGAAUCCAGACCAGUCGCCCCCCACUGAAUAUUUUGAGGUUCUGACGCUUAGUGAAAUUCGAGAGAGGAAAAAGAAACUGAAGCAGGAGCAGUGUCUGAAAGAAAUGAACAAAAAGUUCGAAGAGUGGGACCCGCAAAAAAAUCCAAAGUCAGUGAGUGAUGCGUACAAGACUCUGUUUGUGGCGCGACUGAGCUACAAGGUGACAGAGCAAAUGCUGUACAAGGAAUUUGAACAGGUUGGGCCUGUAAAGAGUGUUCAUAUGGUCUAUGAUCUUGAAGGAAAGCCGCGCGGAUAUGCGUUUGUAGAGAUGGUGCACGAAGGAGAUCUUCGUGUGGCUUAUGACACGAUGAACGGGCGCAAAAUUCUAGAUAGGAACAUUUUUGUAGAUGUCGAACGUGGACGGACGGUAACUAAUUGGCGCCCUCGUCGAUUUGGAAAUUCGGAGGCAACUCCCCGCGUAGCUCUCUUACCAAAGUCCAGUAGGAGCAUUAUAUCUCACCAUAGUGGUUCCAAUGGAUUUAGACCUGGUGGAGCGAGAGACCGCCGAGAUGAUCGCCGGUAUUCCAGUUCAUCUGGACCUCAUCGCGGAGACCGUGAUCGAGCGCGUUCAUCUAGGAGUUCUGGAUAUGGGUCUAGGUAUGACCGAAGGUAGAGAAAGACCUCUAAUAGAUUCUGUAUGAAAUAAAGUGUUUUUUUUUGAGACAGCUUUUUUGAUGCGGCCGCUAGACUUGAGCCAUUCGAGGGGCGUUCACUGAUCUGGGUAAGUGGCCCUGGAAAAAGACUCGAAGAUGGCCAUGAGAUAAUCACACACCAACGAAAUGCACUUUCUUUGCCGAACAGAUGAGAAGGAACAGAGACAUCAAGGAUGUUCUUGGCGGGAAGAGGAUUUAUAGAGAUAUUCGAUUAUUUUUGCAAAGAGGGGAGCCAAGGAAUGAAGAGGGAAGUAGACAAUGUUACGAAGGAAAUCGGGCAGUUUGCUGGGAUCUGCACUACGUCCGUUUUCAAGGAUGUUAAGGGGGACGUAUUCCAGCAUAAUGGGAGAAUCUUCAGUAGGGAGG